AUGAUGAUUCAUCUCUUGUUGAUUAGAUUCGAGAAACUAGAAAGAAGAAGUAAAAUGGAAAUUUGCUCAAGAUUCAGAAAAGAAGUAUUCAGCUUAUAUUAUAGGAAAUCGCCAUAUCCAGAUCAAAAUGGUUCAUGUACUCAGCUUACAUAUGACAAAGAAACAGAUGAUAAUAGAGCUCUCAUUGAACUAAACUAUAUGCGUUGGCUUGUUGGUUUUGAUACAAAAACUGUAAUAACAAAUGAAUACGAUGAUCAUCUUAUCCAGUGCGCAAUAAACAACGUUGCAAAUGGAUAUUUAGAGCAUCUUAUAGAAGAAAAUUCUCUUUGUUAUACAUAUAAAGCUUCUAGUGGAUGCUAUACAUCAAAUCUGGGAGCAAAUUUAGGGAGGAAUUAUAAUGCUGCAAUGGCAUUACAGCGAUUUAUUAUGGAUGCUGGUGAUGGAAACAAAUAUGUUGGCCAUAGAAAUUGGAUAUUGUUCAGUGGACUUAAGGAAACUGCAUUUGGUGGUGCUUAUGAUUCAAUGUCACCUAAAUAUACUACGACUAUAGCAAUGAAAGUUGUACCAUGGCCUUAUGAGGCGGGAGAGAAAUUACUCUUUACGGCUUAUCCACCACCUGGGUAUUUCCCAGCACAAUUCGUGUACAACAGGUUCAGCUUUUGGGCACCUAAUAUCCCUGAAAGAUCUUAUAUAAAAAUAUCAGUUAAAAUCAACGAUGUUCCUCAAAAUAUAACAGAAAGGACUGAUUUUCUUCAAGGAGCUGGAGACCAGGAUAAAGGUGUUGUAUUUGCUCUAUCAGGUUAUGGAAAAAACUCAUAUGAUUAUCCAUAUGAAACAAUUCUCAACAAGAGGAUUGAUGUUAAAAUAUCAUAUGAUAAGACUGUCUUCGAUUACACAAUAUAUCCAGUUGAUUGCAGUGUAGUUCCAGUUAGGACUUCAGUUCCUGACUCAGAUAGCUUUUACUCAAGCAGUGGUUCUGGCGAUUCAACGAAAAAGAAAGUUUCUAUUGGUGUUGGCGUUAGUUUAGCAAUUGUUUUAAUCAUUGUUGUUGCUGUUGUUUGUUACUUCAUUUUUUACAAGAAGAAAGAAGACAGCGGAGAAUCAAAUAAUGAUGAGAAUCAACAUGAUGAUGCUUAA